CCACCGUCACCGCCUGCAAUGAAAUAAAAAAGAAAUGUUUGUAUUUUUUUUGGAAGGAUUGUAAAAUCGUAUUGGAAAUAAGGAGAUUGUAUCAUAAAACAAAGUGCUAUGUGGGUUCAGGUCCUUCAAGAAAAAUAUUUUAAGCACAUGAACGGUGAGAUCACAUCCAUGAAAAAGACUAACCAUUCAAGUUUUGGAGAGCUAUUGUGCAAACAAUGCCACUUAUAAAGGAGGGCUCAUGCUGGAGCAUCAGAAAUGGAGAGACAACCUCAUUCUAGAGGCAUCCAUGGAUUGAGAACGAUCUGGUGCUUGAAAACUUCAUCACUGGAGAGCUUAACAUGGAUGAUCUGGACACACAUGUGGCCUACUGGGUUCACCCCUCAAGUGAGUGGGACAGGGAAAGACUAAAAACUCUGCUUCCUAAUGAUGUUCUUUCUCUGAUUGCUGGAAUGAAAACUCCUAAGCCUGAACUUGGAGAGGAUAAAAUGAUCUGGGGCCUGGAACGUGAUGGCAGGUUUCGUUUGAAGUCUCCAUACUACCUGACGGCCAACAAUGAUGAGGAGGAUGUUGUGCAAAGCUGGAAGCUGUUGUGGAAAUGGAAAGGGCCUAAUAGAAUAAAACAUUUUCUGUGGCUAGUCCUCCAUGACAAGCUCUUCACCAACAGGGAGAGAACAAGAAGGAAGAUUGCGACAAAUCCUUACUUAACCACUGCAAGGACAAGGAAGAAAAAGUUGAGCACAUCCUGCGCAUUUGUGGAAAAGCAGGCACAAUCUGGCACAAGUUCAAGGAUAAGCUGCACAUUCAUGACAAGAACUCCCCCUUCCAGGACUGGAUCAUUGGAAAUCUGUGCAAUGAGGAAAAAGGGGUGGAUUUUGGGGUUGUUUGCCAGAACCUCUGGAAAUAAAGAAACGAGGAAGUUAUGGAAGGCAACAAGUUCUCCGAGCAAGGAUUGGUAUGUCGAAUUAAAGUUUGGCUUAAUAUCAUCGAGCAAGCUAAGCAAAGGGACUUGAUCACUACUGCUCCACCUGACAAGAACUACCAGUGCAGGGGGGCUCAUCGGAGACCAUCUUGGAUGACGCAAGGAAGCGUUUGUUAGCAACCUAGGCCAGUGCACAAUCACCACUGCAGAACUAAAAGGCGCCUUUGAAGGGUUUAGGAUUGCUUGGGAAAGAGGCUUCAGGAAGGUGGAAUUAAAGCUGGAUUCGGCUGCUGCUGUUAGCAUCAUUAGAGAUUGCUUGGAAGACAAUCAUCUACAUGGAACCAUUGCUAGGCAGUUUUACCACUUGUUUUCGUUUGAUUGGGAGGUGAGAGUCUCACAUGUGUAUAAAGAGGCUAAUUUUGUUGCUAACUUUCUCGCUAGCAGAGGUCACCUGUGUGAUUUUGGUACACAUCUGUUCGAUGUGUACGACAUGGAACUUGGCCAUUGGCUACGUCACGACAUCGUGGGAGUUUUCCAUGAUCGUUUAAUUAUUAAUACGAAUUAGACGCUAUAGCGUUGAACCUUCUAUAAAAAAAAAAAUCAAUGACAAGGUAUUUUAUGGUACACCAAGAGGGCAAUUCUUCUAUGGCUUGCUACAUUUUAGCAACGUGAUGCUGGUUUAGUGCUCAAUGAGUUGUAACUUGGGUAUUAAUCCCACAGACCUACCUAAUGCAAAAAAAACACGUUAUUUUGCCUUUUACACAGACCAUCAUAAGAAAAAGAUUUAGGAAAAAUAAUUGAAAUCAUAAGAAAAAGAAUGAAGGAUAGAUAUAGAUAUAUAAAAUAGAAUGGACUUAAUUCACAUAAGGUGGGUUCUCUCAAAUUAACACAUUAACGGGGAGUCAUGUUUGUGGUAGGGCUAUAUUUCAUCUCAACUUUAAAAAAAUACCUAGAAUUUGGAAGUAUAUUUUGUAACAAUUUUCGGAAAUAAAGUAACCGAUACAGCUUUAACCCAUAUCUAAUUAUCACAGUACAAAAUUUAUGUCCAGUAAAUCUACUUCAACCCGUAAAUACUAAAUAGAUACGCACGAGCAAAAAUUAACAUAGAAACCCCUACCCUACCACACUAAUAACGCGCAUAAAUGCUAAAACCCACGUCCAGUAAGUAACCCAACAAAUUCUAAUUCGAAUCAACAGCAAGAAGCCGAAAAAUUAAAUACCAAAACCUAAAAACGCAUGGCACAGACAGAGAUACAAGAGAAACCCACUAGGAAGAAAAAUCAAUUAGAGAUGGAGGCCAAUCGGAAUGGAGGGUUACCUGUCGUCGCUUUCGGUAAAGUAGAAGGAGAAGCCAUGUUUGAUCCCCGCCGGCAGCAAAAACCAAUCCAGUAAGCAGUGGCGGAUACAUGCAUGGUUAGGGGUGUUCCGGGACACCCCUAAAAUUUAGAAACACGAUUAUUUAAUCUACGAUAGUAAUUUGCGUAUGAGAAAAAAUAUGUUUAAGUAAUAGUGGGACACCUUUAAAAUUUUGGAAAAUGAUUAUCCAAUCUCUCGUAGUAGUUUGCGUAUUGGUAUAAAUAAUAUUUAAGUUGUAGUUUAUGUGAUUUAAAUUUGGGACACUGUCACUAUUAGUAAAUAUAUUUUCAAUUACGCUACAACUCAUUUGUUAUUGUGUUUUAGAUCCAAAUAUAAUAAUAAAAUGUUAUUCUUAUCUCAAAUUAUUUUCAAAACCUAAAGAUUAAACUCAAUUACAGGAUAUUCUUGUCUAGUAAGAUAUGUCGAGAGAUAUUUGUUGAGCAGUAUAAACACCGAAUGCAUUUUAUCAUUUGAUGAAACACGUCUGAACUUUUAAUGAAACUUUUAUUAGUUA